AUGGCCGCCAUCGGUUCCCUAAUUUUCUGCACGGAUUGUGGCAACCUCCUGCCCCCGUCCAAGGGCAGCGAGAAGAACAUUCUCCAUUGCGAUGGCUGUGGGGCGGAAAACAGAGACCAUCCCUGGAAAACGGUGACAACGAGGACGAAACCUUCAGAUUUCCCCUCGGCGCUGCGGCAAAAGCUUUCAAUCGUUCAAACAGUGGAGCGGCACAAAGUGCAAACAGAGCGUAUCGACGCCAACACCGAAUGCCCCAAAUGUGGAAAGACAGGAGUUCGGUACUCCGAGGUGCAACAGAGAAGUGCAGAUGAAGGCUCGACUAUCAUUUACAAUUGUGACUGCGGCGAAAGGCACGCAGAAUCAGGAACCCCAGUACAGGUCGUUGGCCAAACGCUAACUUGGGAUCACAGGUGGACUAUGAACAACUGA